AUGAAGCUGUUUCUUCCCUUGGUUAUGUUCGCGGCGGCAGCUUAUGCCGCAAGCCCCGAGACAUUGAUGGAGUUCCAAAUGGAUCUUCGUGACCCUUACAACCCUUUGACUCUCAGAGGCCACCCACCCGACUGUGGCGACGAAAACGAGGGUGAGAACGGCGGGCCUGUCGGCGACAAUGGCGGAUCUCCUAGCCCGGGUCAAGAUUUGCUUGGCUCGGUGCAGGGCGGUUCGUAUCUCAACAUGGACCAUCUAGAGAUCCGUUGGCUAAUGUUGAUCUAG